GAUUCAAACACCCUGAACGACUCUCGUGUGUUAGGGACAGUGGACUGUUAUAAUGAUAACCCCUCAGGAGCUAGCUAUAGGUCACGGGCGUUCACAUCAUCAGGGUCGAUGCUGACACUACACAUCAAAGCUGGACAAGGUUGUCGUUCAUUCUUUCUCGCUGAAGUGCAUGCAGUUCCUGAUACUGAUACUGUCCACAGUAUUCCAAGCGUGGCUCCCAAAAUGCUUCUCUUCCAAGAACUGUCCGUGAUCGAAUUCGACAAGGGCAUACAUAUCGACAUCCCCAGGGCAAAUGUCCAUAUUGAAAGUUCGACCCUCGGGUCUUGCAAGUGGGGAACGCUCGUGGACAAUACUGCAGGAAAUAAAACGAUACAAGGAUCGUCAUUCGUACAUAAUACCUACAAUGGUCUGCAGAUAUCAAAUGGAGAAGGGCUGAUUACACUUCAAAAGGCACUGUUCAGUGAUAACAUGUAUCAUGGAAUCGCAAUUUCUUCAACGAGAGAUGAUAUCCUCGUAUCAGAUGUAUCAACAUUGAACAACAACGACGACGGAUUCCACAUUAAUGGAGUCGGUGGAGAUGUCACGUUGACUAAUGUGUCAGCUCUUAGUAACAAUGAUCAUGGCAUUAGAAUCUAUUCGUUGCGAGGUAAUCUAUUCGUAUCAGAGGUAUCAACAAUGGACAACAAUGACAAUGGACUCUACGUUAAUGAUGUCAAGGGAGAUGUCACGUUGGCUAAUGUGUUAGCUUUUCACAACGACAUCAAUGGGGUUAUCUUGUCGUUUAUUACAGGUUCUGUUGUUGUUGAUGAAAUCGAGUUGCAUUCAAAUAAUGGUUACGGUAUCACCGUUGAGAACGUCCCAGGAAUCGGUUCACUCACGAAUAUGACGGUGACCGGAAAUGGAGGAUGCGUGUACAUACGCCAUAGCUAUUGGCACACGCGGGGGUCUUACAACAUGACAAACCUCACGUGCGAAGGAAAUCGCGGAAUUGGAGUCAAACUUCAACUGUCAUACGAGAGUUCUGUGGACAUCUCCAACAGCCGUAUCCAGGGAAACCGGCAAGGUGGUGUUUCAGUCAUUGUUGAAAGUUAUCGGCAUGACGAAUACCCUCAAAUCACCAUGACCAACAACACUGUCACUAAUAAUACACGUUUUGCGCUUCAAGCAACGGGGAAACUGGCAAAUUUUGAAAUUUCAAGCAACUCGAUCAUCCACACCAGCUGCCCAUACCAGCCCGCGGUCGCUUUUAAAGGACAACCUAAAUACAUCAACUUCAGUUCUAAUAAGCUGAGCCAGAACAACGCCAGAGAAACCUUUUCUGUUCUGUUUGAGGAUCAGUCCGAUACCAGAGAGAAAGUCACCGUCCAUAUUGGGGACAAUGUAUUCAAUGACAAUUUCUACAGUUCGUCAGAAACAGAUGGGAAUUUUCAGUAUGGCCAAUACAUAGACCUCACCUCCUGUACAAUUGAGAUAGGAGGACUCAAAGAGAACUACACUGUCAUCCGUAACUUGAUCAAUGAUGCAAACAUGAACCACACUUUAUGUAGCAGAGUAGAUACAACUCUUCCCGAUGAGGCGAUUGACGCCAAAUACAACUGGUGGGGAACUGCCAAUGAACAGGAGAUUCGAAACGGAAUUGUUGAUUACGAUGACUGGAACGACCGUGCACCAGUUGACUACUUUCCCUACCUGACCGGGCCUGACAUAAACUCUCAACCAGCUGAUCCUUCCAUCCGCAAUAUCAACAUUACGACAGAUAACAUCGAGGGACGACUGAAUGGGGCUUUGCAUCUCACAAAAAGGGGAAGUCCGUACACAAUCAAGAAAGAUCUAACUAUCCUGGAGAAUGCGUCCGUUACAGUGGAACCGGGAGUGCAGAUUAGAUUUCAUCCCUGUGUUGGAAUCUUUAACCUUGGUUCCUUUGUUGCUGUAGGAACUGAGGCUGAACAGAUAGAAUUCCAUUCUGAACCAUCAGCCACACAUCUUUACAAUGUUCGGUUGGUCAAUGGUCGUUACCCCUGGGAAGGCCGUGUUGAAAUACUUUAUGAUAAUCAGUGGGGUGGUAUUUGCUAUGGAUCUAGAUGGUGGGUUCCAGAGGCAAACGUCGUAUGCAGAGAACUUGGUUACGGGGCACCAACAACGACAAGGACACAUGCAUUUGGUAGGGAAUCAGGACCUGCAUGGUACCGUUCCUCUUACAUAACUUGUAACGGAGAUGAACUUAGUAUAACCAACUGUCUUCCCAACUCACCAAGCCCAGCUACUUGUAGUGACCGAAUAGGAAUACGCUGUGACCCCCAGACCCCGGUAUCACCUCGCCCAAUGUGUAUUGCCAAGAAAUGGGGAGGAAUAAGAUGCAACAGCCAGCAGGAUUUCGAAGUUAAACACGCAGUCAUCGCACAUACCGGACGACUUCAUGCCAGAUUAAGCAGUGCCAUACUUCUGAAUAGUUCAGAAAUCAGCAGAAGCAUUUCGAAUGUACACAUAAAGGACUGCCAGGGAAGUGGCAUCAAUGGCCUUGGAAAGUCUACUUAUGAUGUAACAAAUCUUACCAUCAGUAACUGUCAUGGCGAAGCCGGCAUAUCGUUUGAAAGAGUCAACAAAAUGGCGACCGUCACAAAUAGUUUCAUUUACAAUAAUACAUUUCAUGAAGGAGCCAUUGCAAUCAAUGCAACACCAAGAAUGUCACCAACAGAAAUGACCAAUGUACAAGCUGAUACUCGCUGUGGCACACCCCUUGUCUUCAGUAAUUCCAGCGCAACUUUUGCGAGUCCAAACUUCGGAACCUCUUUAUAUCCAACUUACAUGUACAGUUACUGUGAGUGGCUCAUCCAAGCUCCCAAAGGACAUGUAAUUUUACUGGACUUCCUUGUAUUAAAUCUUCGCUACGGCACUCAAGUAAUGGUUUAUGACGGACACGAUACCACGUCUUCAUCACUUGCAACAUAUCAUCGCAACUCCCACCCCUCAGGUGUUACGAUCGUCUCAUCAGGAAACAACAUGUUCAUAUUUUUCAAGAAAUGGUACCGGUAUUCGGGCCAAGGUUUCCUAGCAACGUACAAAAUGAGCAUUCCCAUCGUGUACAAAAUCGUUAACAACAUCUUCAACGACAACUGCAGAACGGCCGUAAAAAUAACGGCUCAAGCGCCAGACUGUACAAUCGACGUACUUCGAAACAUUUUCGAAAACACCCAGGAACAAGAACCACAUAAUCACCAGGCAGUGAUCAGUGUGACCCAUGGCCGAUCUAAUGUACUAGUGAGAGGAAAUGUGCUACAAAACAAUAGAAUGACUGCUAUACUCCUCGAUGUGAACCAGCAGAAGCGAGGGAACAUAACAGUUAUUGACAACAUGUUUCGGUGGAAUCACAUUAGCACGAUAUUAUUAGUGCGUGGACAAUAUUAUUCAAGAAAAACUACUGUGUUGAUCAGCAACAACUUCUUCUCUGGAAAUGACGCUAGCGAGAUACGUCAAAUCUUGUUAUUUGAUGAAGCACCUGGCAGAGUUGAGAAAAACACUUUUGUGAACAACUCAGCUCGUCAUGUGAUAGAAUGGAAUAAUCGCUACGAUUCUCAGGAACAAGAGCUAUUCAACAAUUUCAUUUAUGACAAUGUACCGUUAGUACCAGGGGUAAAAUAUACCAUGGUAGUUUCCGGGAGAAAUGCUCAGAUACACGGUAAUGUCUUCAUGAAUCCUGCAUUCGACGCAGAACUAGCAACUUCGACCCGCUUGUGGAACUACCCAGUCAACGCUUCGAGCAACUUCUGGGGUUUCAAUUCAGCUCAUCUUAUCUCAAGACGAAUUCGAGAUAGUGACGACAGGCACAACUGGGCACAAGCCUUUUAUGAUCCGUGGCUCGCAGUUCUACCUGCAGAUGGUCCCUGUCCACUUGGAUGGAAGUACAGCAAACAUCUCAGCACAUGUUACAUGUACAAUGCUGGAUCUGAAGAUUGGUUUGGUGCAGCUCAUUCCUGCAAGAUUCAGCGCGCCGUAAUCGCCAGAUCGUUUUUGGGCAAGGAACUAGAGUUGAUUGAAAGCAUGAUCCGCGCAAGAGAAAUUCAUUUCGCACCCGAUGUACCAACCUGGAAGGAUAGGCCUGAUAUGAAUACCAGAAAUUCGUCGCACAAGUGCAAACUACAUCUGCCGUCCAACGGGGCACUCAAAACGUUUGCUGACUGUGAUUCCCUAUAUCCCUUCAUCUGCAAAAGGCCAAUAGUUGAAGACUGUCCCAACGCUUGUUCCCGCCACGGAGGCUGUUUUCUAAGAACGUGUAUCUGUGAGAGAGGCUGGGAGGGAGAGGACUGUUCCAAGGCAAACUGCAAAGAAAGGAACGACUGUGGAGACUUUGGCACCUGUGUUGGACCCAACAUAUGCAAAUGUAGAAAUGGAUGGCAGGGUCGUGCAUGCACGGUUAGCUACUGCAACCGUUUCACCACUUGUAAGUCGUGCUCCAUGGCAGUCGGAUGCGGAUGGUGUGACCAGAGGCAGAGGUGUGAAUCUGGGCUGUACAGAGGUCCUGACGUCAUGCCCUGUAACACAUGGUUCUAUCACAGCUGCUUCACCGUAGGAGAGACAGGAGGUUGCUCUCAUCACAUCGAUGUUGUCGACUGUGAACACCGGCAGUGCAACAAGGCACUCUCAACGACGACAGUAGAGUCGUGUCUAAGAUGCCAGGACAUUGAAGGAUGUUUCAAGGAAACGGUUGAUGGCUUCUGUAAAGUGUGGAAUGAAGAUCAGUGUCCGAAGGGCUUCAUCCACCCACUAUACAACGACACCACGCGCAUUGAGAAGAUUCUCAUCGGCCAUAACGUCGAGUACGUCCCGCUGGAAGGCAACAUCUUGUACCGGUGUCCUGUCCGCUUCUCCAGCUGGGGAGCCACCAUGUUUGUGAAUGAAGGGGACCUGGACAUUCGGAUUGGUCAGGUGCUGUCCAGUCCUCAGGCAAACGGUGUACUACACAAGGUGGAACAAGUACUAAAGACAGACAGUUACACCGUGAUAGUGUCGCACCCUGCUACUCUGGAGGACAUGCUGGAUUACAGUGACUUCAGCCAGGAGGUUCAGCUGGAGAUGGCUGUGGACAUGAAGAGGAACGAGGGAGCUCCUGAACUGUCCGAGGUGGAAAGGGUGCUGAGUGGCAACGGGGCACUUGAUGGGAGCACUGUUCAUGUCAUCAAAGAAGAUGCCCCUGUUUACAAGUGUAUUGGAUCCCGGGCUAUGAAUGAAGGAGAGGGAAGCUACCACCUGCUGAUGAGAGACAUUCCUGCCAACCUGUCAGUUGGUGAUGUCAUUGUCAGUAACCAUAGCAACGGGAUACUGGAGCAGGUUAUCCAGCAGACAACGACACCAAUCGGUGUUUUCAUACAAACUCAACUGCAGGACUGCUUUUCAACUUUUAACUUCCACGAAGAACUGAUUACGACGGGCAGAGUAACCCUCCCUGCUUCCCUGCCGUGUUCGGGCGGACCGGAGGGCGCACACGGGCUGCUCAUCGUGGACUCUGCGGGAAGAGAAGUGGACCUGGAGACUGGCGACGUGGUGGUGGGGAGAAGGAGUGGCAGGCUGCUGGCAAAGGUUCUUGAUAUCACCAUGGUGGCUGAGUUCACGUUACUGGAGGUGGAGCCAGUAUUGAGCACGUCGAGAAUGGAAAGGCCGUCAAUACGACUACUACCGGGGGAUGUCAGCACAUCUCCAGACAUGCAUUCUCUAAACAUCCUAAUUGAAGACCAAUUCUGGGAUGUCAAUGAUAGGGUUAACAUCACACUAUCUACAAGUGGGGAACUCACAACUGGAAUCAAGUUUUCACUUGGAGUUUCGACGUCAGAGUUUCGAACCCCCACGCUAAAAAAGGCCGAGACUUUCUUUAUCGGCGGACGGCUGGAAGUUGGACUGCAAGGCUCUCUAAUCAUUUCGAAAAGCACACAGACGAAGGGAGAUUUUCGGAUGGUGCUGUCUCCCACCUACGUAUCUGUCUGUGUAGGCAACGGGAUGUGCAUACCAGCCAAAAUAUGGGCGGACAUUGCCACUUCGUAUAAAAUCUAUGCUGAGGGUCCAGGCAGUAUCCAAAUGUCCUCCACAGUAACCAAAGCAGAUAUUGACGGUGGUGGCACCUGGCAACCACAGGGAGGGGCUCAAUGGUUUUCGUUUGAUCAGAAGAAGGAAUCUGGCAGUGCAGAUAUCGUGAUUUCAUCCUACUCGGGGACGGCAACUAAAAGAGGCCAUACCAUCCAAUUGGAGCUCAAAGUAAAACCAACGUUUUUCAUCGAGUUUCCCACUUCCGGAGAAAGUGAAAAGGAUGCCAACAUGUUACCAUCUGUUAAAGAGGCAGUAGGUCGAAAUGGUCAUGAUGAUGCCUUUGGGUACAGUAUAACCACAUCCCUUCAAUCCGAAGCACUCCUGCGUGUAUCAACCCAGUCCUGUUCUACAGAAUGUCCAUAUCCAGACAAACCACAGUUUGUCGGAGUCACUUCAUCAUUGGACUAUCUAAAAGGGGCGUUCGAAGUACUAACCGGAAACAAGGACUACUAUCAGGAAAAACACUGGAAACGUGGCGACUGGAUGCACUCUGAAAGCUGUCCUGACUGUGAGAAUGACGAGGAACCCGAGUGGCAAGACUGUGUCUGUAAGUGUCCACAGAAGACAGAGUGCGGGAUCCCACCUAUAUGUGUGGUGGGGAGGAUGGGGCCGGACUGUAGACAGCCAGACUGCAGGCCAUGUCAAGGGACAUCAUAUGACUAUCAUGGCAUUGGUGAGUUCUGGGACUGUAAGAGCGUGUCCAAUGACUUCGGCGUACAGACCCGGAUGUACGCGUAUAAAGGUGCUUCUCUGAUUGGUGGAGUUGCAGUAAAAGCUGGACACAGCAUUGUCACUCUGAUGACGUUACAGAAUGCAACGGAAAAGGACGUUCCCAACAUAAGAAUCGACGGUGAACUGUGUCAACUUUCUGUCGGAGAGAAAUAUCUCCUGAACAACGGAACAAUCCAUCUCCUGGCUCAGCAACCUUCUACAAACGCUACGGAAUCAGGGGCUGUUAUCAUCGUGUCUGUUACCUUUGCAUCAGGUGCAACUGUGUCCUUUGACGUCCGGUACUCACCAAAGAUGGGCCGACAGUUUUUGAAUAUUUUGUUCAGUCCCACUGCCGCGUUCAAGGGCAACACGGAGGGACUGUGCGGGCUGAUGGACGACGAUGGUGACAAUGACUUCACUGGUCCUGACGGCACUGUGUACAACGACACUUCUGUAUUUGCUGAGACUUGGCGUAUAAAUAGCACUCACUACGGAUCUGGUCUGAUGGGGUCCUGGUCAUGGAACUCUUCUAACUUCCACUCUGAUGACGUCAUGGAUCCUGCCUAUUCUGACCCGAACCACCGUCCUUCUGCCGGCAUAGAUGGACUGACUCAGGAGCAAAAGGAAAAAGCAGAAGAGAUGUGUAUAGCUCUCGGAUUGACCGGCACUCUUUUGAAUGAAUGCGUCUUUGACGUAUCAAUCACCAACGACACAACCUUCACGGAGCAGGAGGUUUUCAAAGGUUGCCCAAACCAGUGUUCCGGUAGGGGUCGCUGUGUAAACGGAACCUGUGACUGUAUAACGGGUUGGUCUGGUGAAGACUGUAACGUUGGAAACUGCACAGACUGCUCCGAGGAUCACGGGAGAUGUGAGCUGGGCUUCUGUGUGUGCGAGCCCGGAUGGGAGGGAGCAGCCUGUGAUCAACAAGCAACGUGCAACGCCGUACAAAACUGCACCAGUAUGAGUCACGGGACCUGCGUAGCCACAGAUGUCUGCAGAUGUAAACCUGGAUAUAUAGGUGAUGACUGCAGCAAGGUCCCCACGUGCGGAAAUGUUGCUAACUGCACAGGCCACGGGGUUUGUGUGGACUACGAUACCUGUUUGUGUGAUGAACAGUGGACAGGUGACAAUUGUGACCAGUUCUCAUGUGCAGCGUUGGAUUACUGCUCAGGGCACGGCCGCUGUGUGGACAUAGAUGUCUGUUACUGUGAGCAGGGCUGGACCGGCAGCUCCUGUGUCACUCCUGACUGUCCUGAAGUUAAACAGUGUUCCCACCAAGGAGACUGUGUUGGUCCGAACACCUGCCAGUGUUACAGCGGAUAUCAGGGUUUAAACUGCAGUGAAGCCCAGAGCUGUCCUGAGUUGCAAGAAUGCAAUGAAAACGGGGUUUGCGUCAUCAGUCAUGAUGGGCAAAAUGAAUGCCGCUGUUUCCCAGGGUUCAGUGGUGCUAGUUGUAAUCACUCGGAUUGUACUGAAAGGAACAACUGUACUGACCACGGCAGCUGCAUAGAGCCCGACCUGUGUCAGUGUGACAGUGGGUACACAGGAUACGACUGCGCCAACUUUUCAUGUGAAUCUUUGCGCCAUUGCUCAGGCCAUGGGAGAUGUGUGGACUUCGACGAAUGUAGCUGCAAUCCUGGCUGGUCAGGCCGUUCCUGUAACGUUGCAGACUGCAGCAGUAAAGGUGACUGCUCCAGCCAAGGCACGUGCGUUGCCCCAAACACGUGUGUAUGUUUCCCUGGGUUCCAAGGAGACAACUGCAGCGACGAGACCUUACCAAACAAGAACACUCCUGUAUUCCUGAAGGACAGAUACGAUGCCACUCUACCCGAAAACCAGCCAGUUGGCACAGCAAUACUAGCGGUAUAUGCAAAUGAUACUGACAGUGGAGGCAACGGUGAAGUCAGGUACAGACUUGUCCUAAACGAUUCUGACGAUGAGAACUUUGAAGUACAUCAUACUUCAGGGAUCAUAACUUCACUCGUUGAGUUUGACUUUGAAUCAUUGGAGCAAACUUCGUACAGUCUCAUUAUUGAGGCAUUUGACCAAGGGGUGCCGACACUUACGGGAACAGCCACGGUAAAUAUAAACAUAACGGACCAGAAUGACAACAAACCUGUUAUCAACAUCCCCCCUGAAACCGAGUACAAUCUUCAAUCCAAUACCCCUAUCGGCUUUUACGUGACUACUGUAGAAGCUUAUGAUGCUGACAGGUCCGAUGAUAACUCCAGAAUCACCUACGGAAUCACAAGUGUCAGUCCCUUUGUUUCCAUUGAUUCAAACGGUAGUGUAACCGUUAGCAGUACAUUGGAAAGUGGCACGUACGUGGUGAGGGUCAAGGCGUCUGAUCAUGGUUCACCGCCGAAAACAGACGAAGUAAGUCUCCGUCUUAUCGUAACUGAUGUAAGCACCAACACGGCUCCGCAAUGCCCAGAAGAUCAACGUAUCGAGAUUGCUUCUCACAAUCUUACAAAAUGGUCAACAGUCGCGACUAUAGAAGCAACAGAUCCCGACAACGGUCCAAACGGCAAAGUUUCCUACAGUUUAAAGUCGAAAACAGGAGAACUAGCAAGCUUAUUCAACAUUGACCCGUCAACAGGUCAGAUCUACGUUGAGACUGAGUUGCAACUAUUUAACGCGAAUUUCUCAGCUGUUUUAAUGACAGUUGAAGCCAGAGACAACGCCGUGGAUUCCAUGUCGUGUGAAACAAAUGUUGUAAUAAGCUCUACAACGUCACGAGGAAGUGCUACAGAGGGACCCAAUAUCUCUACAACCCGUCAUGCAACAGAAAGAACGAGUACAACAGAAGUGUAUCAAAAUAGCACAGCAACAUCUAGAGAAGAUGUUUCAUCGGUAGUGAAAAGCGUUGUGAAGAUGGUUAAUCGGGAAUGGAAAAAAUACUCCAAAAUUUACUUUGUAUAA